UGCGAGUCGUGUGUGUGCAGCGCUCCGUGUUCCGUGCGGGAGCUCCCCCCGCGCCCUGCUCUGCCCACCCCGUCUAUGGGACCAGCCGACAGUGCUUGCCGUACGAAGCCCAUGUCAUAGCGGUGUGCCGGAUUACAACUUCAAAAAUGGCGAGACCACUUCACGACGGGAGUACCUCUGAACCUGUGGGAAAUAUCCAGGCAGAAGCCGGCCGUGCUUUCCCCAAUGACGUCAGUGCCUGUGAAGCCUCCUCUUCUACAAUCUGUGAACAGAACCUGCCAGCGAGCCGCCCAGUUCCCCCCGCCUUCUUCUCCUUAUCGCCCGUGUGCCAGAGACGCCCCUCAGCUCCCUGCGAAAACCACUUCCAGGACAGACUUGAAAUGGUUAACAGUUGUGACCCCGAACCUUCCUCCACCACGUUUGAACAGAGGCAUUGCUCUUACCCAGAAUCCUUCAGCACAGGGGACACCACUGCCUACGGUCCCAGGCAUACAACCCAUGAACACUCCCGGCUGGGGAUGGACACGGAUGUUUCCAAUCGGAAUGACGCCCAAGGAGAUCGCCCCUUGGUGGGAGACGUACCCUUAGAACGGGAGAUCGCCCUACGCCUGCGCAGGAUUGGGGACCAAAUGAACGAGCGGUAUCUGCAAAGGAUGCAGGUUGGACAGCGGCAGUGGUGGGGUCCUCUGCGAUGGCAUCUCACCCAGAUCCUCUCCGAGAUCGUGGCUGCCUUGUACAAUCCACUCGUGGACAUUUUACCACAGAACUAAAGGCAGCGCGUCCCGCACGGACUGACUGGUACAAAGAAUUGGGCGUGUCCCGUGCUGAUAUUUUUUGGCUUCUGCUGGACGGAAGUCGAGAGACUUUUCCAGUCUCCAUGGACAGUGCCACGCUGAGCUCCACUGGGCGUCAAGACAAUGAUUUAGAAAGCGUCCCGAGUCCACGGCUCAUCCAGCGCAGGCGGUCGCCGGCGUCAGUAAGGACAUGGCGGAUAUGGUAAAUGCCUUAUCUUCCUCCUGUUGAGUUCACUGGCAGACUUUUCUUGUGGAAAUCAAAUGGGUUUUCUUUGGUUAAGACGUUGUAAGAUGGCCGUCACAAAUGGGGAACAUUGGGAGUGUGGAUUAAUGGCGGUGUCGACGAGAAGAUCGAAAACAAAAAAAACUAUGGCACAUUCUUUAACGAAGCUUCUUCUGAGUACACGGAAGAAUUUGUAGCCGGGUGGGGGCGUGCACGAUUCCGCUCUGGUCACGCCCCCCUUCCUACUAAUGCACUCAUGUCUGUGGCUGGAAAGGGUAAUUUUCUUUUUUUCUGAGCCAUACUAGACUGCCCUUGUAGCCAAAUCCUGGAAAUCUAGACAAGCCAUACAUCAAUCUUUCUGGCCCCUCCCUUUUUGCAUGCUUUGAUUGGCCCAAGAAUCCCAAUUUUUCUAUACAUAGAGCCCAGCAUGUCGCCACUCUGUACUAACCCACGUCCUGAUAGCACUUAAAAAAUAAUAAAAGCUACUUCUUUCUCCACCAUGUUUAAUGCCGGACGUUUCGGCCCCUGCGAAGCUUUGAUACAGAUUACAUUUUUUUUUUCUAUCCUUUCCAACGACAAAGACCAUAAUGUUUUUUAUUUAUUUUUUUUGCUAACCAUGAAAGAAGAGAAAAUUAUCUUCAGGGGAAAAUUAACUGUAAAAAAAUAACAAAAACAAAAAAAAGACGCAAACAAAGUUCACUUUAUUUAUUUUAUUCUUUAUGGUAAUUUAUGGUUAUUUGCUUUAUUUGUAAGAAGAUUUAUUUUAUUUUAUUUUUUAUCUCAAAGGAAAUGAGAAUUUAGAUUUUUUUUUUUAUUUUUUUUUUCACUUUUUCCUUGAGGAAAGAUCCAUUUUGCCUCUGGCCUUACUUAAAGGGAAGAAUUAAAGUACACGUAUAGCGUGUGCCGAUAUGUGAGGUCCAAGGACAGCCAAUCCUCUGCUGCCUGCCUCACCUGCACUGUCCGUUUUCUCUGUAGGGCUCGAGUUCCCAGGCAUCUUUUUAAUACCGUCCUGUUUCCCGAGGCGACAACCCCGAGCCUCGCAUAUCAAAACGGUCUUGUUGACCGUGGCAACCAAUCGGAGUUAAGCUUUCAUGAACUGCACUGGACUAACUGAAGCUAAGCUUUCAUUGGUUGCUAUGGGCAACAUGGCCCCUGUUCGUAGGUCAGCUGGGGUUUUACGGAUGUGGGGAUGGAUUUAAGGGUGUUCUCUUAAAGGUCCGGUUAACCUAGUAAAAUAGACGACUGCCAUUAUCCAGCAACUAAUUUCAUUCACAAAAACUAGAACCAAAAAUUUCAGAGGCGGCCUUUCUUCUACAGUAAAUGGCUGAAUGGGGACUGAUUCCCUGUGGCCCUCUGUUUGGUUAGGGCCGGAGGCCUCUUCUGUACUGUGGACUGUGGAAGGUAACUAAAGUCGUUGCCCUUAGCAACCAGUUUUCCUAGUGCAUACUUCAUAAAGUGAAUGCUGCAGUCUGGUUGCUAUGGGGGGAUAAAGACUAUUUACCAUAGGCAACGGGACCAAUCAGUGUGCCCUAUAAUAAACUGAAAAUGAAAGCUGUGAUCUGAUUGGUUGCUAGGGGUGAUUAAACACUAUUAGGCCAUUGCCUGUAGUAGCCAAUCAGAUUGCCAUAAUAAGAAACUGAAAGCAGGGAUCUGAUUGGCCUGUAAACAAUGAUGCUUAUAUUUAUUUUUUUCCACCAUCAUGAUUAUACUUCAGUCUUGAUGGGAGGACAUCGAUGUGAAUGAUAUUAGUAGCUCUGACGUGCUCAACAUGAGGGGAGAUUUAUAAAACUAGUGCAAAGGGAAAAUGAUGACGUUGCCCAUAGCAACCCAUUGGGUCGCUGCUUUACCAGCUGAAUAAGCUGCAGUCUGAUUGGCUGAUGUAAGGAGCACUGGCUUUAUCAGUCUCUCCAUUGGUAAUGACCUUUUUAUAUAUGGGUGCCGAGUCCAAUUUCUGCACAGGGAUCAACAAUCCCUACGGACCUCUCAAAGAAAACAGGACAGUAUAUUAAGAUGCCUGUGUCCUUGUCGAAAAUUGCACUUCCUGUCUACUCUUCGGAAUAAUUUGACUUUGUCGUAGUCAUAUGGAGCCAAAUUUUAGGGAAUCAAACGAAGGGCUCGUGCCCGGCCACGACUGAGGUCUCUUUCGCAGCUAGAACGUCCUGUUUCCCACUUGGCGCAGCAAUAUCUUCUGCUUCCAGUCCCACCCCUCGGAUUCAUUGCAGUCUCACUGUACAUGAUAUGGCGCCCACCGCCCCCAGUAGGCCAAGGCCAGCUUCAGGUCCCAUAUUUCAUCCCAUGUACCAGUGGCAGAUUUUAAUUAAAUGAUUCUAAAGAAGAUGACUUUAAGGUUAAGAAGAUGAUGAAAUUUUAUUUUUAUUUGUACAGUUUAUGAAAUGUUCUCUAUAUUUUUGUUUACAGCAAGGAGGCUGAGAGAAACGGAGACAAGUAUUUAUUUCUUGGUAGUCCACGUAACAGUCUUUACAAUAUCCUGUCAUGUUUCACAGCGAUUCCUUCCACUAAUUCACGUAAUAAAUGCUGUAUCUGUCCCCCGUCAGGGCAGAAUCGGGGGGGACUUCUCACUCAAGGGGCUGUUAUAUAUGUAAAUACUGUACAUCUGUGAAAUGGAAGCAUCUUUUCUUCUUUUUUUUUUUUCUUUUUGUUCUGUACAUUUUGUGAUUGCGUUCUUUUUGUACAUGGAUUUUGUAUUUCUUUUCAAUAAAAUUUGGAUCUGAAUUAUA